CUGGCGGCUGCGGCCGGGCCCGCGGGGCUCUUAAAGGCGCCGCGCCCCGGUACCGAGCCCGCCGCCGGUACCGGGAUGGAGGCGGCGCCGGCCACAGCGGCGGCUCCGGGCUGGCGCUGCCGGCCGGGGGGACGGCUGGACAUGAGCCACGGCUUCGUGCGGCACAUCCGCCGCAACCAGCUCGCCAGGGACGCGUACGACCGUGCGGUGCGGCAGGCGCGGGGCCGAGCGCGGACGAGGCUGACACCGGGCCCGGCGCGGCCCCGGCGGCCCGACCAGCAGGUGUACCGGCCGCACCGGGGCGGCGGGCCCGGGGGCGAUGCCAGCGCGGGGCCCCCCCCCGAGGGCAGCGGGGCCCCCCCGGAACCGGCGCGGGGGCCGCGGCUCUUCUGCCUCGAGUACGAGGGGGACGACGGGCGGGUGACGGCCGUGAUCGUGCACCAGGGGGACAGCGCCGAGGAGGUGACGCGGCGGGUGUGUGCCCGCAGCCCCCUGGAGCCCCCCCUGCGCAGGGCCCUGUGCCAGCGCGUGCAGGACGAGCUCAGCAAGCGCCGGGGCACGGGGUGACACUGCCGGCACAGCCCCGGGC